AUGGUUACCUCGUGUAAAACACCCCUUCUUGGAUCUUUCGAACAGAGUUUUGCAAAAUCUAAUGCGUUAAAAUCAAACUACAGUGAGAGAAUGACAGACCAUCGUGAAAGGACGGCUGGCAACCGUGGAACAACCGUAGACUAUUGGAACAAUACGGAAAACAAUCGUGAAAUGACCGUAAACAAUUGUCAACAAAUCGCGGAGGAGAGCUUCGAUGAAUCGAACGAUUAUCGUUCGAGAGCAACAAGUUCGUCAGAAUAUUCUGUCUCGAGUAAUAGUAGUAUAAAAAGCUUGGAGGAACUACUAUCAGACUUAAUGAAUACUGAUAUAUAUUAUGGAUCCUAUAUUCACACCGCUAUUGAAAAUAUCAAUUUUAUAUAA